AUGGAUCCAUCACCUCCCCACUACCAAGGAAAUGAGAAGGCUGAAACAACAUACGUGUUGGACGAUGCAUGUGAUUCUCAACCAUCAGAAGAGAAUCCUAGGCGAUCAAUAAUGCGCCACAGUGCUUGGCUCCCUCCAGCCCAACUCGUGAACACCUUCCACGCAAUCCAUGGUUGGUUUCCCGUCGAGCCAAGGAGCCUCCGCGACGAGCUUCUUGAAGGACCAAGGAAGGAACAGAAGACAGUCAUCCCAGCUUUCGAUACCGGAAUGCUUGAGCAUAUUCAAUCUGCAGUCCAGACUGAUUCGAAGUUUUGGUUCAGUCGGGAUCAAUACGGUGACGCGAGGAGCCUCAAGAGACCGUUGAUCCACACUCUCUACAUCGACUAUGGCAUGGCCAGUCCAUGCACCAUAUCACCGGACGAUCGGCAUUUCUUUGAGAAGCAUGCUGGCUUCAACGGUGUGAAUGAUUACAGGUUCUGGGAGAACGUGCAGUGUCACACUGCGUUGUGCCUUGGGCUGCCGCUGGUGGGAAUGCAGUCAACACUUCAGCUCUACUCGCACUUUAUGGACAAGAUUACUCACGAGUACAAAGGUAGCCUCCAGUAUUUCUGGGCUGCGCAAGGUCUCGAUGCACUAGCGUUCAAGCUGUGCUACGACUUCCAUGUCGUCAAGCGCCUCCAAUUGAUGUCCGAGGAGAUACCUUGGAGUAAUCUGCCCUUCUCCAAGGACGAUGCACGACUUCUCACUGGGGCUAUCCUGAGGAUAUCAGUCCGGCACUUGCCACCUGGACAUCUCUGGAGGGAUAUGGUCGGGAAGUGGGAGGAGUGGCAUCCGGAGAUGCGCUCUGAACGCGAGCGCCAGGAGAGGUUGGUGAAGAUGGAGCUGCCGCUUGUGGUGCAUCCUCCUGAGCCUGAGACUGGUUAUUUCGACUUGUGCUAG